UGUGGUAAUUUUCAAAAAUGUGAAAAAACAAUCUUAAUGAUUUCUUACUUGCAUUGCUCCUUUGAUCUGUUUCUAACAAAGGAGAGUUCUAAUCUUUGGUUUAUGUAUAUUGUGUGUGUGUUUUUUAAUAGAAUCAGACCACAGCUAGCCAAAGAGAAGAUUGAAGGAUGCCAUAUUUGCACAUCUGUCACACCAGGUGAACCUCAGGUGUUCCUCGGCAAAGAUAAGGCCUUCACUUUUGAUUAUGUGUUCAACAUUGACUCACGGCAAGAGGAGAUCUAUGUUCAUUGCGUAGAAAAACUGAUCGAAGGAUGCUUUGAAGGAUAUAAUGCAACUGUUUUUGCUUAUGGCCAAACAGGGGCUGGCAAAACAUACACCAUGGGAACAGGCUUUGAUGUCAACAUAACAGAAGAAGAACAAGGCAUUAUAUCUCGUGCUGUUAAACACCUUUUUAAAUGUAUUGAAGAAAAAAAGCAAGCUGCUAUUAAACAAGACCUUCCAUCUCCAGAGUUCAAAGUGAAUGCCCAAUUCUUAGAGCUUUAUAAUGAAGAAGUUCUUGAUCUAUUUGAUACAACACGUGAUAUCGAUGCAAAGAAUAAAAAAUCAAAUAUCAAAAUACACGAAGAUUCAACUGGAGGAAUUUAUACAGUAGGAGUUACAACACGGACUGUGAAUGGAGAAGCUGAGAUGAUGCAGUGUUUGAAGUUGGGUGCAUUAUCUCGAACCACAGCCAGUACUCAGAUGAAUGUUCAAAGCUCACGUUCACAUGCCAUCUUCACUAUACACUUGUGUCAAACCAGAGUUUGUUCUGCAAUUGACACUGACACUGUGACAGAUAACAAGAUAAUUUCUGAAUCUUCUCAGGUGCAAGAGUUUGAAACUCUUAGUGCCAAAUUCCAUUUUGUUGAUCUGGCAGGAUCUGAAAGAUUAAAGCGUACAGGAGCUACUGGAGAGAGAGCAAAAGAAGGCAUUUCUAUCAACUGUGGACUACUGGCACUUGGGAAUGUAAUAAGUGCCCUGGGAGAUAAAAGUAAGAAGGCAACUCAUGUACCAUACAGGGAUUCAAAACUCACAAGACUACUUCAAGACUCUCUGGGAGGAAACAGCCAAACAGUCAUGAUAGCAUGUGUGAGCCCUUCAGACAGAGACUUCAUGGAAACUUUGAACACAUUAAAGUAUGCCAAUCGGGCACGGAACAUCAAGAACAAGGUGAUGGUUAAUCAGGACAGGGCCAGUCAACAAAUUAAUGGUUUGCGCAGUGAGAUUGCACGUCUUCAGAUGGAACUUAUGGAGUACAAAACAGGCAAAAGGAUGAUUAAUGAAGAAGGUGUGGAAAGCAUCAGUGACAUGUUUCAUGAAAAUGCUAUGCUGCAAACAGAAAAUAAUAACCUGCGUGUUAGAGUUAAAGCAAUGCAAGAAACUGUUGAUGCACAAAGAGCCAGAAUAACACAGCUUCUGAGUGAUCAGGCCAACCAGGUCCUUGCAAGAGCAGGAGAAGGGAAUGAAGAAAUUGGCAACAUGAUUCAUAACUAUAUCAAGGAAAUUGAAGAUCUCAGAGCAAAAUUAUUAGAAAGUGAAGCAGUUAACGAAAAUCUUCGACGCAGCUUGUCAAGAGCUUCAUCAAGACCAUCGUAUUUUGGAGGCCCUUCAGCAUUUUCUGCUUGUAUGCUUUCUUCAGAAAAAGAAACUUUGGAAGUUCUUGAUAUAGCUAAGAGAGAUUUAGAAAAACUGAAAAAAAAAGAAAAGAAGAAGAAAAAGAGCGUUAAAGAGGAGAACCCAGACAAUGAACAGGAGAAAAGAGAUGAAAAAAGUAUUUCUGAGAGGGAGAAUAAUGAAUUGGAAGUGGAAGAAAUUCAAGAAAUAAGUGAUCAUGAGGAUGAGGAAGAAGAUGAAGAUGAAGAUGAUGACAUGGAAGUUGUUGAAAGCUCAGAUGAAUCUGAUUCUGACUUAGAUGAAAAAGAAAAUUUUCAGGCAGAUUUAGCGAAUAUCACUUGUGAAAUUGCCAUAAAACAAAAGCUGAUAGAUGAGCUAGAGAACAGCCAAAGAAGACUACAGACUCUGAAAAAGCAAUAUGAAGAAAAGCUAAUGAUGCUACAGCAUAAGAUUCGAGACACUCAGCUUGAAAGAGAUCAGGUUCUUCAAAACCUGGGUUCCAUGGAGUCCUGUUCAGAAGAAAAAGCAAAAAAAAUUAAGUCAGAAUAUGAGAAAAAGCUCCAAACCAUGAAUAAAGAACUGCAAAGACUUCAGACUGCUCAGAAAGAGCAUGCACGAAUGCUUAAAAAUCAGUCUCAGUAUGAAAAGCAGCUGAAGAAACUGCAGCAGGAUGUGACUGAGAUGAAAAAAACUAAGGUUCGUUUGAUGAAACAAAUGAAAGAUGAGCAAGAAAAAGCCAGGAUGACAGAGUCUAGAAGAAACAGGGAGAUUGCACAGCUUAAAAAGGAGCAGCGUAAGCGAGAGCAUCAGCUCAAACUUUUGGAAGCUCAGAAAAGAAACCAAGAAGUUGUUCUACGCCGCAAAACAGAAGAGGUUUCAGCUUUGCGUCGACAAGUAAGGCCUAUGUCUGAUAAAACGGCUGGAAGGGUGAGUCGUAAGCUGAGUUUGCCAGACCAUCCUAUUCAGGAACCAAGUUCUAGUGUGUCAUCUGUGGACUAUGAUGGAUCAAAAUCAGCAGUACAGCAGAAGAUGCGAAUUCCUGUGGCUAGGGUCCAAGCAUUAUCAGUAACUGCAACAAAUGGAACCAGGAAGAACUACCAAAGAAAAGGAACAACUGUCAGAGUUUAUUCCUCAAAGGCAGCCAGGAUGAAGUGGCAAUUACUUGAACGCAAAGUGACUGACAUCAUUAUGCAGAAAAUGACCAUUUCCAAUAUGGAAACAGAUAUGAAUAGACUACUUAAGCAACGUGAAGAACUUACAAAAAGAAGAGAGAAGCUUUCGAAAAAAAGGGAGAAAGUCAUCAAGGAUGGUGGUGGAGAAGUAGACAAAAAUGUCCAUAAUAUCAAUGAGGAGAUGGAAUCACUAACUGCAAAUAUAGAUUACAUCAAUGACAGUAUUUCUGACUGCCAAGCAAACAUUGUGCAGAUGGAGGAAGCAAAGGAAGAAGGUGAGACCUUGGAUGUGACUGCAGUGAUUAAUGCCUGCACGCUAACAGAAGCUCGUUAUCUUCUUGAUCACUUCCUCACAAUGGGCAUUAAUAAGGGUCUCCAGGCGGCUCAAAAGGAGGCGCAAAUUAAGGUUCUUGAAGGACGCCUUAAGCAAACAGAAAUUACAAGUUCUACUCAAAACCAACUGCUAUUUCAUAUGCUGAAAGAGAAGGCAGAAUUGAAUCCCGAACUUGAUGCUUUGCUGGGUCAUGCUUUGCAAGAAAAUGUAGAAGAUAGUACUGAUGAAGAUGCCCCUCUGCACAGCCCUGGGGCAGAAGGAAGUUCCUUGUCUUCGGACCUUAUGAAGCUUUGUGGAGAAGUCAAGCCCAAAAGUAAGGCCCGCCGGAGGACCACUACCCAGAUGGAAUUGCUAUAUGCAGACAGCAGUGAUUUAGCCUCUGAUAGUAGUGCAGCAGACACCAUUUUAUCUGGCCCUCUUACACCUGUGGCAGAAGUGCAAGAGAGUGGAAUGCAUACCGAUACAAGUGAUACUUCUGCUAGGGAAAAAGACCUCAUUCCCCCACCAUCUGGCUUACCUUCUAAAAUAGGCAGCAUUUCUAGACAGUCAUCUCUGACAGAAAAGAAAGUACCUGAACCUUCACCUUUAACAAAGAGGAAGGCCUAUGAGAAAGCAACAGAAAAGCCAAAGGCGAAAGAACAGAAACACUCAGAUUCUGGAACCUCAGAGGCUAGUCUCUCACCUCCUUCUUCCCCACCAAGCCGGCCCCGUAAUGAACUGAAUGUUUUCAACAAAUUAGUUAACAGUUUAGGAAAUACCGCUGUUGAAACUGAUCAGGGCAUAAUCAACCCAUUCCCUGCUUCAAAAUGCAUCAGAUCCGCAGCACUUCAAUGUAUUCAUAUAGCUGAGGGGCAUACCAAGGCUGUGCUUUGUGUUGAUUCUACUGAUGAUCUUCUGUUCACUGGAUCUAAAGAUCGCACUUGUAAAGUAUGGAAUCUAGUAACUGGACAAGAGAUUAUGUCUCUAGGAAGUCAUCCUAACAAUGUUGUAUCUGUAAAAUAUUGCAACUAUACUAGCCUGGUCUUCACAGUUUCAACAUCUUAUAUUAAGGUGUGGGACAUCCGAGAUUCUGCCAAGUGUAUUCGGACAUUGACGUCUUCAGGACAGGUUAUGUCAGGUGAUGCUUGUGCUGGAAGCACAAAGAGAACCAACCAAAUUGCACUAAAUCCAACAGGCACCUUCCUGUAUGCAGCUUCUGGAAAUGCAGUGAGAAUGUGGGACCUUAAAAGAUUCCAGUCUACAGGAAAGUUAACUGGUCACCUAGGCCCUGUCAUGUGCCUUACUGUAGACCGCAUUUCUAACGGACAAGAUCUUAUCAUCACUGGCUCAAAGGAUCACUAUAUAAAGAUGUUUGAUGUAACUGAAGGGGCUCUUGGAACUGUAAGUCCAACACACAAUUUUGAGCCACCUCAUUAUGAUGGGAUUGAAGCACUUACUAUUGUUGGAGACACCCUUUUCAGUGGGUCUAGAGAUAAUGGAAUAAAGAAAUGGGAUUUAGCUCAAAAAGACCUGCUUCAGCAAGUUCCCAAUGCACACAAGGUCUGGGUGUGUGCCCUCGGACUGGUGCCUGGUUCCUCUGUUCUUCUCAGUGGCUGUAGAGGGGGCAUUCUAAAGCUCUGGAACGUGGAUACAUUCACACCAGUGGGAGAGAUGCGAGGACAUGACAGUCCUAUAAAUGCUAUCUGCACUAACUCCAGCCACAUUUUCACAGCAGCAGAUGAUCGAACUGUGAAGAUCUGGAAAGCUCACAGCAUUCUAGAUGGACACCUUUCUGACACUGGAGAUGCAAAUGAAGAUAUUGCCAGUAAUUAAACAUGAAUUGAAAAGACAGGUACAAAUUAAUACUGUGAUAAAAAGCUGUGUAUUGUUGGUACACUUUGCUGUGCAUUUACUGUGUAAACACUGGCAACUGGAAUGAACUGGAAAAUGCAGCUGAACCCAACUGGCAAAUAUGUUUUCAAAUAGAAUUGAUACAUUAGAACAGUUACCCUGUAUACUAUAUUAAAAAAAAUAGCCUUUUGGUAAUAUUCUUGAGUAUCUGUUGACUGGAUUUGUGUGCAUAUAUAACACUUGUAUUUUAAACAAAUUGGAAAAUAUUCUGCUAUAAUAACCGUCUCAAACUUGUAACCUGGAAUACAAAAUAAAAUACCCUAUUAUACUUCAUUCUCCCAGACAUUCUGAUGAGCUGAUUUGUAUUUUGGAAUAACAUAAAAAGGAUGCAUCCAUACUAAGCCUUUAAUUAAACUAGUUCUUCAUUUGAGAUCAUAAUAGGUUAUCUAUAUUGAGGGUAUAAAAGCUAUCCGUAUUGAAGUUAUGACAGCAGACUGAAUAAAAAAUCUGAAAAAGUUGUUAAUGUGACUUAUUAUUGCUACAACAGUUUCUGGCUAAGAAUGAAUGCCAUAUGAUUUAUGUUAAUGUUAGCGUAUACUCUUUUUGACCAAAGUUGUGUAGCUGUGUAUACUCUGUGCUCAGGACUAGAACUAAAUUGCUGUUAAAUGGUUGUUUUAUUAGUGCUUUGCCUAUAUUCUGUAAUCCACAGUAUUCUUAAUGUCAUAAUAGAAGUCUAUCUUAAUCUAUUUUUCUCAUGGAUUUGUUUUUAUCAUCUCACAUUUUGUUUUUUAAUGGCAAAUUGUCCUUCAUUUUUAUCUAAUUUUAUAUGCUGCUAAAAAUAUUUCAGAUACACUGUGUUUUGCGAACCUUGGCAGUGAUUAUGAGAACUGUACCACCGGCAUUGGAAAAGCUAUGUAAAUAGAUGGAUUGUAAAAAGAGAAUAUCUUAUCUUGUGCCUAUAUUCAUUUUAAAAUGCUGCAGAGUGUGAAUAUUGAAAGAGGAUGUAUAGUUUAUCCAGCUGCUCCAAAUAUUAAUUUGUAAAUUCUGCAAGUUUAAAAAUGUAUGUAGAUUCAAAACAGUAUUUUGAAUUUUGUUUUUUGACAGAAAUUAUUAGCCUGUAAAUUGUAGCUUAUGUAGGUGAUGCUUCAAUAAACAUGUGAAUGUGAA